AUGUCAUCAUCGUCGUCUUCAGAAAACGAACAAUUACUGUGGAGAGAUAGUAGUGACAGUGAAUCUUCGUCUGAUACAUCAGAAGAUGAAUUAGCAGGAAGAGCCCGUGUUGAUCACUUUACCAGAUGGAAUGAAGAUGAAUUUAGAUUAAGAUUUCGUCUUAGCAAAAGCACCGUAAUUAUGUUGGAGGAAAGAAUAAGGGACAGUAUCGCCCAAAUACAGAAAGGAUCUAUGGUACAAACAAUUGGUGAUUUUGGUGGUAUACACAAAUCGACUGCCAGCCAGGUUGACAAGAAGGUGAUACACUCUAUUGUAACAUUAGCUCCAGAAUAUAUAAAAAUGCCCAGAACACAGCAAGAAAUACAGAGUAUAGAAAACAAAUUUUACAACAUUGCAAGAUUUCCUCGGGUUAUUGGUGCCAUUGACUGUACCCAUAUAAAAAUUAUUUCACCAGGUAAUUAA